AUAGAACCUUCACAUAUCACUUAACUCUCUAUAUCUUUGCAACAAUAUAUAGCUUCUUGUUUCUCCACUACUCUUAUAAAUCAAUUGCUACGUAUCCAUAUUGCAUAUAGAAAUGGGAAGACAUUCUUGUUGUUACAAGCAAAAGCUUAGAAAAGGCCUUUGGUCUCCUGACGAAGAUGAAAAACUUCUCAAUUACAUAACUAGACAUGGUCAUGGCUGUUGGAGUUCUGUCCCCAAACUCGCAGGUUUGCAGAGAUGUGGAAAGAGUUGUAGGCUUAGGUGGAUAAACUAUUUGAGACCAGAUUUAAAGAGAGGAGCAUUCUCUCAAGAUGAAGAAAGCUUGAUCAUUGAGCUCCAUGCUGCGUUAGGAAACAGAUGGUCUCAAAUCGCAACUCGGUUACCAGGAAGAACAGACAACGAGAUCAAGAACUUUUGGAACUCAUGUCUUAAGAAGAAGCUGAGAAGAAAAGGCAUUGACCCAACAACACAUAAACCCCUAAUAACCGAUCUUCAAACACUUAACGUCAUAAAUCAGAAGCUGACGUCAUCUGAAGUAAUAAAGUCAACGGGUUUGAUAAACAACCUACUUGAUCAGUCGAUGGUCGUCUCAUCGCAGCCAGGUACAUGGUGGUACCCUAAUCAAAACGCUGCGUUUUGUUUCAGUUCAAGUACUACUACUCCAACGGUUUCAGACCAGAUCGUGUCUUUAAUCUCUUCAGUGUCCACGUCAGCAUCUACGACACCAAUGACUUCAAACUUCAGUUAUGUUCCUGAACUCAACUACUACAACAACACAGUUCCAUCUCAGAGCAACAGUAUCUACAGUGCUUUCUUUGGUAAUCGUUACACAGAAGCUAGCCAAAUCAAUAAUAAUAAUAAUCUAGUAGUGGAUGAUCAUGCUCAUGGUCAAGACAUGAAGUCAUGGCCAUCAGAGAUUCUUCAUUACACAGAACAUAACCAAAGCUCAGAAACUGGUUUAGAAGCAGAAGUAAAGCCAGACAUUGCCAAGUACUACUUGGGAUCAUCAACAUCAUCAUUAAACGAAAGCACAGCGAGAUUACUACACGAUGCUGACGUGGAGUGGUACAGUUCAAAUCUUCAAAAACUUAGUAACAUGUGCUAGAGAAAGAGCCUAAUCAGUAUUUCUUCAUUUUCUAUCCACAUUUUAUAUAAUAUAUUCUGCAUGUGUGUGAGUGUAUAUAUGUUUUUUGGUUUGUAAAUUUUCUGUCGUGUAUGUAUAUUUUUGGUGCUAAGAUGUAAUCCAUUUUUCCUCUUCUUGUCUGUCAUGACUCUG